UCGCACGCCUCAGGGAACACUUGGCUCCUCGCUGCUGGGAGGGAGGAGGACGAGAAAGCGGAAAGAGGCUGGGUUCUCCGCGCGCCAGCUCCGGGGCCUGAUCCAUGGCCCUCGCGACUUCGCGCCGGUGUCUGCUGGACUAGGAGAUGCGUCCCCGGGCCGAGCGGCACACACGCGCGCACACACGCACGCGCGGUCCCGGCUCGCCGGCAGCUCCCUGCUCAGCGCACAUCGGUUUCAACUCCGCGCCCGGGGCGAGCGGGAGCGGGUGCGGAUCCUGAGGGGAGAGGGAAAGGAAUCCCAGCCACAAGACACCACCUCAGCCUCUGCCUCCGGGAAGAAGCGGAGCAGCCAGCCACGCCAAUGGCACCUCCGGGCCUGCCACUAUGGCUGCUGUCCACCGCUCUCCUCUCCCUGCUGGCUGGCAGCUCAGCUUUCCUGUCUCACCCCCGUCUGAAGGGCCGCUUCCAGAGGGACCGGAGGAACAUCCGGCCCAACAUCAUCUUGGUGCUCACGGAUGACCAGGACGUGGAGCUGGGCUCCAUGCAGGUGAUGAACAAGACGAGGCGGAUCAUGGAGCAGGGCGGGGCCCACUUCAUCAACGCCUUCGUGACCACACCCAUGUGCUGCCCCUCUCGCUCCUCCAUCCUCACCGGCAAGUACGUCCACAAUCACAACACCUACACCAACAACGAGAACUGCUCCUCGCCCUCCUGGCAGGCGCAGCACGAGAGCCGCACCUUCGCUGUGUACCUCAACAGCACGGGCUACCGGACAGCUUUCUUCGGAAAAUACCUCAAUGAGUACAACGGCUCGUACGUGCCGCCCGGCUGGAAGGAGUGGGUCGGCCUCCUCAAAAACUCCCGCUUCUAUAACUACACGCUCUGCCGGAAUGGCGUGAAGGAGAAGCACGGCUCCGACUACUCCACGGAUUACCUCACGGAUCUCAUCACCAAUGACAGCGUGAGCUUCUUCCGCACGUCCAAGAAGAUGUACCCACACAGGCCUGUGCUCAUGGUCAUCAGCCACGCAGCUCCCCACGGCCCCGAGGACUCAGCCCCCCAGUACUCGCGCCUCUUCCCCAAUGCAUCACAGCACAUCACGCCGAGUUACAACUAUGCUCCCAACCCAGACAAGCACUGGAUCAUGCGCUACACGGGACCCAUGAAGCCCAUCCACAUGGAGUUCACCAACAUGCUGCAGCGCAAGCGCCUGCAGACCCUCAUGUCUGUGGACGACUCCAUGGAGACGAUUUACGACAUGCUGGUGGAGACGGGCGAGUUGGAAAACACCUACAUCGUGUACACCGCCGACCACGGCUACCACAUCGGCCAGUUCGGCCUGGUGAAGGGCAAGUCCAUGCCCUACGAGUUCGACAUCCGGGUCCCGUUCUACGUGAGGGGUCCCAACGUAGAGGCUGGCUCGCUGAUCCCUCACAUCGUCCUCAACAUUGACCUGGCCCCCACCAUCCUGGACAUCGCCGGACUGGACAUCCCCGCAGACAUGGAUGGGAAGUCCAUCCUCAAGCUCCUGGACUCCGAGCGACCAGUGAACCGGUUCCACUUGAAAAAGAAGCUGAGGGUCUGGCGAGACUCCUUCCUGGUGGAGAGAGGCAAACUGCUCCACAAGAGGGAUAGUGACAAAGUGGACGCUCAGGAGGAGAACUUCCUGCCCAAGUACCAGCGCGUGAAGGACCUGUGUCAGCGCGCUGAGUACCAGACGGCGUGCGAGCAACUGGGGCAGAAGUGGCAGUGUGUGGAGGACGCCUCCGGGAUGCUGAAGCUGCACAAGUGCAAGGGCCCCAUCCGCUUCGGGGGUGGCAACGGCAGAGCCCUCUCCAACCUGGUGCCCAAGUACUACGGCCAGAGCAGCGAGGCCUGCAGCUGUGACAGCGGCGGGGACUACAGACUGGGCCUCCCGCCAGCUGGCCGCCGCAAGCUCUUCAAGAAAAAGUACAAGACCAGCUAUGUCCGUAACCGCUCCAUCCGUUCCGUGGCCAUUGAAGUGGAUGGCGAGGUAUUCCAUGUAGGCCUGGAUAAUGUGCCCCAGACCCGUAACCUUACCAAGCGGCACUGGCCAGGGGCCCCAGAAGACCAGGAUGACAAAGACGGCGGCAGCUUCAGUGGCACUGGAGGCCUUCCAGACUAUUCUGCCCCCAAUCCCAUUAAAGUGACCCAUCGGUGCUACAUCCUCGAGAAUGACACAGUCCAGUGUGACUUGGACCUGUACAAGUCCCUGCAGGCGUGGAAAGACCACAAGCUGCACAUCGACCAUGAGAUUGAAACCUUGCAGAACAAAAUCAAGAACCUGAGGGAAGUCAGAGGUCACCUGAAGAAGAAGCGGCCAGAAGAGUGUGACUGCCAUAAAAUCAGUUACCACAGCCAGCACAAAGGCCGCCUCAAGCACAAAGGCUCCAGCCUGCACCCUUUCAGGAAGGGUCUUCAGGAGAAGGACAAGGUAUGGCUGCUGCGGGAGCAGAAACGCAAGAAGAAGCUGCGCAAGCUGCUCAAGCGCCUGCAGAACAACGACACGUGCAGCAUGCCAGGCCUCACGUGCUUCACCCACGACAACCACCACUGGCAGACGGCGCCUCUCUGGACGCUGGGGCCCUUCUGUGCCUGCACCAGCGCCAACAAUAAUACAUACUGGUGUUUGAGGACGAUCAACGAGACCCACAACUUCCUCUUCUGUGAAUUUGCAACCGGCUUCAUAGAAUACUUCGACCUCAGUACAGACCCCUACCAGCUGAUGAACGCGGUGAGCACGCUGGACAGAGACGUCCUCAACCAGCUGCACGUGCAGCUCACGGAGCUGAGGAGCUGCAAGGGCUACAAGCAGUGCAACCCCCGAACCCGAAACAUGGACCUGGGGCUUAAAGAUGGAGGAAGCUAUGAGCAAUACAGGCAGUUUCAGCGUCGAAAAUGGCCAGAUAUGAAGAGACCUUCUUCCAAAUCACUGGGACAGCUGUGGGAAGGCUGGGAAGGUUAAUCGGCCACAAGGAGGAACCUCCCAAACCAGAGGCCUUGUGUGGCUGCCCAGGCCAUGCAAAAACCACAGCACACCAGUGCUCCAACUGGGAGGCCUGACAGGAGGCAGGGCCUGCUCUUGGGACAGGAAAUCCUGGAGGACAACACCCAGACUUCCCAAGGCCCAUUUUUUACUGCCCUGCUUCGCUUUGGAUCAAAUCUCACCAGCUGCACAGAAGGCAUUCUCAUGUAUGGAACCUCUGCCCACGCUCUCAGAGGCUCACAAGGACAAAGGAACUGACUUCCAUGGACAUUGCCUCCAGGGAUGAAAAUUGCUGGGAUUUCCCCCCAAUCAUAUAGGGAAACAAGCUUGUUCUUAACCUUCUUGUUCUUUGGAGAAAGCACGGAGAUGGGCAACUCCCGGGUGCUGCCAACAGCAAGUCCGACAAGGAGUCAAUAGCACAAAAAUCGACCCAUUCACCUGGCUGGAUGACCCGGCUGCCUCAAGCUGCCUUCACUGUACAUUUGUGACCGCUCACGUGUAACCAACCCAGGGACCUUUUAGGGGAAUCUCACUAAUCCGAAAGAGUCGUAGUGUCAAUAAACGCUGUGGCCAGUGUCAAUGAAAACCCCUUGAGGUUGUGGACAUUUCUGUUCCUGCCCAGGAUUCAUUCCUUUGUUAUCAUUCCCAGAACUGAUGUUUUCUAAGGUACUGAAUACCCACAUUGAUGUGUGUCCUGUGUUUUAAUGACAUUGUAUUUGUAAAGAAAUUUUGUAGUAUAAGUACCACCUUACAGUGUUCCCACCCCCAGCCAAUGACUAGCUAUUGGUAUGAAAAAAAAAAAAAUCUUUGAAUUUUUGUAAAAGGCUACCUUGGGACUUU